CUCUCUCUCUCUCGCCAGCUGGUGAGAGCACAAACCUUUCUGCAAAACAGGUCGCCUACAGGAGACAAACCAUAAUUUUGAGGGGACCAGGAGAGCUUUCAUCUCUCCAAAAAUCGCCAAUUCACCCACGAACUCCUGUAAUGUCGUGGAACGAAGAUAAAUAACGGCCAGCUUGUUUUCUCUCUGUUGAAGUGUUGAGCGGAUCAAGCUCCCGCGACACACACGCACACACACAGCUCGGGCGUUCCCGCGACUCCUCACCGGCCAACGGAAGGGUGGCAGGAGAGAGGAGAGAGGAGGAGGAGAAGGGGAGAGAGGAGGGAGAGGAGGGGAGGAAACCCGACUGUUUUGAAGCUAUACGCCAGUAAACAUAGACUAUAAGCAUACACAGUGAAAGAAGAGGAAACCGUCGCAGUGCUAUUUUAUUUCAGUGUGGAUGAAACUAGGAUGAGAGAGACGCCAAAGGAGAGAGACGCCAUCCGUGACAAGUUAAAGGACUCCGCUAUUGGGAUGGCUGAGGUUUCACAGCAGGAGAGAAUUCAGGCCAUCGCUGAGAAGAGGAAGAGGCAGACAGAGAUUGAGAACAAGAGGAGACAGCUGGAAGAUGACAGAAGACAGCUUCAACACCUAAAGUCAAAGGCUCUGAGAGAGCGCUGGUUAUUGGAUGGGGCUCCAGAGGAAGAUGAGACUCAGAGACGACUUCAGGAGGACGAAGAGAGGACUAAGGAACUAGAGAAGAGCAUCCUCUGCUUGGAGCAGGAUAUAGAGGAGCUGGAGAAUCCGGUCGUGACCAAAGAGAACGGAGCUGUAAAUGGAGUUUCACAGAACCAGAGUCCUAGAAGAGAACUAACAGGAGUAGAAGCCAAGCUGUUGGGUCCCAGUCCAGACCAGGCCAGCGCUGAGAACCCUGUUACCCUGGUCUUCAUGGGCUAUACAGCUCUGGAGGGUGAGACAGCAGGGGAGGUGGGGGAGGCAGGGGGGACAGAGGGUGGAGACGGCUCAGUCAAGGCGGAGUUUGUGAUGCUACCAGACGGGGAGGGGAAGGGGGUAGGAGAGGGGGAGACGGAGACCCAGACAGCAGCCAAUGGGAGUACGGGUGAGAAGGGGGAGGCAAAUGGGGGAGGAGGGGAGGAGGGGGAGAAGGAAAAGAAACCGAGUUGCAAGUGUUGCACAGUCAUGUGA